AUGUCGAUCAGCGCAUGCGUACGUGUCUCGCACUAUCCCAUCCUUUCUUCCGUUUUCAGCGUGCUAAAUCCUCGGUUUGUUUACUCUGUAGGAUCGAGCUCCCUAGCGUCGAGCUCCGGUGGAGCCUUUCCCGCUCCCGCUCCGUCCUCGCGCAGCCGUUCACGAUUCACAACCUUUGGCCGCCCAUCCACCCAGACCGACACGGCCCCUUUCCAAACCCUAUAUCACCCGAAGUCCGGUCGCCCCUCUCGACUUUACUCAUACGAGGAGUACAAUCGCCCCCCUCCACGGUCAGACGUUGAACUAGACGAUUGUCCAUGGGCUCCUUUCCGCAGCCGUGGUGACUGCGAGCUCGCGUCCAUCGCUGUGGAUGCCGAGAUGUCCGACUCCUUGGUGACAAGGCUUCUCCGGCUUAUCAAAGACAUCAAGACCGGCGAUGCUCAAGUUACCUUUGACUCCGUCAGACAAGUGAGAGAGAGUUGCGAUGAGGCGACUCACGAGUACACGCCGUUCACGUUGUAUCCGGUCGACGUAGACUACAAGGGCGAAAAGCUCCAUCACGAGUUCUAUGCAAGAGACUUCAUGGAUUGGGCCCUUGACCUUCUCGAAAACGAAUCGCUAGCUCCCCACUUUGUUUGGGAUGCUCAGCGUCAAUACAAGCACAACGGAAACGACUACGUUCGCUACAUCGACGAGCCUUGGACGGCUGACCGCUGGUGGGACAUACAGGACGGCAAUCCUUCGGUACCGUUCGCUUUCAUUCUGUAUGCUGACAAAACCAGGCUGUCGAGCGCCGGAAACGUUCAAGGCUAUCCUGUGGUAGCAAGGUGUGCAAACUUACCGGUCGAUAUUCGCAACGGUCGCGGAGCCGGUGGAGGUUGUCUUGUUGGUUGGCUUCCAAUUGUCGAGGAUAACGCUGAGGAUGAGGGCCUGCUUAGUUACACAACAUUGAAGCGUGUUGUCUGGCACGACUCAGUCAGACAGCUCUUCAAGAACGCUUCCUUUGUUUCAGAGAACGGUUUGCUCUACGAAAAGCUCUACGAUGGCGUAGCACGAUGGCUAUUCAUCCUCAUCCUCAUCUUAUCAGCAGAUUACGAAGAGCAGACUAUGAUGACUUUGAUUCGGGGUUCAAGCUCGAAGCAUCCAUGCCCUGUCUGCCUCAUACCUUCCAAUCUCCAGCAUGACCUCUCGCAGCAUUAUCCUCGGCGAUCCGCACAAGAAGCAAUGUCACUGGUUCGUCGAUACAACAACGCCGACAUCACAUCUCAGGAGAAGCGAGAAGUAGAUAGUCUCCUUGACGAGCAGAGUCUCAGACCCGUAAACAACGCUUUCUGGGACUUAUGCUUUUCCGAUCCCGCCGACACUAUUUCCGUCGACCACUUGCACUCGUUCCACCUCGGGGUCUACGGUAAGCAUCAGCAACCAGAGAUGCUCAAGAUCCUCGGCAGCACAAAGAAUAGCCGCAAAGACAUCAAGAAAUUGAAUCAUCAAAUUGACAGGCACCCUCGAUGGCGCGGACUCGGGCAUUUCGAGAAGAUAUCGAACGUCACCUUCGGCGAUGGCAACAAAUUUCGAGAUAUUUCGAAGCAAGUUCUAUUCGCUGCGUAUAAUAUCCUGACGCCGUCAUAUUCACCCGAGGGGUACAAGCUUCUGAGACUCAUCCAGAGCUAUCUCGAGCUCGACUGUUACUUCUCUCUCGAUGUACAUACCGAGGAGACGAUCAGAGCGGCACGCGAGGAGGUGACACGGUUCGGUGACUUGUUAAAGAUUGCACUGGAGCAAGGCCGAACACCAAAGAUCAAGAUAAACUGGAACUUCCCCAAGUUACACGCCCUUUUCCAUUUCCUCAACGACAUUCUCCAGAAAGGAGUAAGUCGUAACUCUACCACCCGAGUAAAUGAAGUUAUGCACGGUCCCCUCAAGCAAUCUUAUGAAAAUCGUUCGAACGGCAAGGAUUUUGUUAAGCAGAUUCUACGAGUCGAUAGCCACAGACUCGCUCUCGCUGUCCUCGGGCAACGCAUUGACCGGCAGGAUGAGCUCAAGCGUCGCUUGCAGUCUCGGGUCAGUGUCGAGGACAGCGACGAUACACCAACGCACGAGGCCGACCUCAGCUGGCAAUAUCACUUGGGCUCGCCCCAGAAGCCUCAGACGAUUCAACAGCUUGUUGUUUCAAAGGGUGGCGAAGAUAUUGCAUUCGCCGACUUUCAUCACCUUUUCGAGGAUUAUAUUAACCUCUCACUCUUCCCCGACCUCGAGAUCGAGCUAGCAGAACCGCUGACCAUCCCAGACGACUUCAUGAUGAAUGAGUACUGUUUUCUAAAACUCAACUACGAAUCAUACGAAACGUGGAGGACCCACACUGAUUACUUGCGUUGUAGCCCGAUGUUCUACAACGAGCCGCGUUAUGAUUGCGUUCUCGCAAAGAUCUCCCCGGAGACCGUAGCAGCGGUCCGACUUAUCAUGUUAUUUGACUUCGUGCUGACAUUUGAUGCCAACGGAAGUCCACAGCCCGAAGUCUUCUCGGCGGCACUUGUGCAGCCGUACACUGACACGCCCGACCUCAAUGACGCCGCCAAUGUUUCUAAGGUCGACAACGACUUGAACUUUAUUCGCGUGAAGGCCUGCCCACGCGAUCAAGCAAUAAUCAUCCCUAUUGACUCCUUUGUCCGAGGUGUUCUUCUGAGCCCCGACUUCGACCGCGCUGAAGAGUAUCUCAUCAACACCUACGUUGACGGCGACAUUUUCCUUCGAAUGAAGGGGCCCUGGACCAGCGCCUUUCUCUAG